GUCAAACAUUUCCAUCGUUCAUUUCACUUUUUUUUUCUUCUUGUAUGCUCAUCUUCAUUCAGUUCAAUCUUUUUUCCCCUUCCGUUGUACGUCAACUAUUUUCCCCAGUCCUUCAAAAAGCGUUCUUCCUUCAAUUUCAGUUUAUAUGUAAAGUUCUCCAUCUCCAUAAUGUCCUCCACCAUUGCUACCACUGCUGCUUUCCUGGUGUCUCUGUCUUAAGCCAGUUUUUGGUGAUGGCCUUCUUUGCUGCCAAAAGGAGAAUCUUAGUCAGGUAUCGAUCCUUUACAUCUACAGUACCUGCCAAGUAUCCUAGAUACAAAACAAGGCAGGUUCUGGGAAUUAUACAACCUGAUAUAUCACAGAGAGCUGAGUGAAUUUUGACCCAGAAAGUGUGAAUUUCCCUGCAUUUCCAGAAAAUGUGUGUGUGGUCUGGUUCAUCCCAUCCACCCAGCCUCCAACAUUGUUGUUGUGUAUUGGUUUGUUUAUUUUUAAUCUUAGGUGUAAUAAAGUAGCGAAUUUGAUUUUUCCAGAUGAAUUCUCUCCACCUCAAUGACUGAGCUGUAUUCUUAUGUUCUUUCCAUGUUUCAUAUCACACCUCAGUGAUUUCUUCACUCAGCUCUCUUUCCCAUUUUACUUUAACAUAUACAAUUGAUUCCUGUCGCGAUUCCAUCAAACAUUUGUAGACACUGUUCUUGGAAUAACACUUUUAUAUGCUAGCAUAAUUAUUUUUAUAAUAGGAUGGAUUUUGUCUUCCUCUAUUUUUAUGUUUUUAUUAAAGUAAUCUCUCACCUGUAAGUAUCUAAAAAAAUCCUUGUUUUUUAAGUUGUAUUCCCGUUUUAAUUCUUCAAAACUUUUCAUUUCUCCUUUUUUGAUUAAUAAACAAAUUGCUGUGAUUCCCUUUUCAUUCCAAUUUUUAAAACCAAGAUCCAAUUUUCCUGGUCUAAAUUCUUCAUCGAAGGCUAUCCAUUUUAGCAAACCAAGCUCUUUGCCAAUCCUGAACUCCCUUACUGUAUCAUACCAUACAUUUAAUGUAAAGGAUAUAAUCGGGUUCCUAUCUUGGUCUUUAGUUAUGUAUUCAGGGAUCUUUUUUAUACCCAUGUUUGUUUGAAUUGGGACAUUGAGUGUGGAGAGCUCCACAUCCUUCCAGCGAGCCCCGUCAUCAUCACUACACCAAUAUGUUAUGUGGCGUAUCUGUGCAGCACGAAAAUAUUCUUUUAAAUUAGGAAGCGACAUUCCUCCUUUCUCCUUAGUAAGCUGUAAAGUAAUGUAUCGUACCCUUGGCCGCUUGCCUUCCCAGACAAAUCUAGAUAUAUACUUAUCCCAUUCUGAGAAUAUGCUUAUCGGAAGAGAGAGGAAUAAAUAUAGCAAUCGUGGUAAGAUAUUCAUCUUUAUCACAUUUAUCCUGUCACUAAAUCAUGACGGAUAUGUAUUCCAUCUUUCCAUAUCCUGCCUUAUCCUGUUAUUUAUAUGUCCAUAGUUACUUUGAUAUAGUUUGGCAUAGUCUUUGGUUAUAUUUAUACCUAAAUAUUUAAGGGUUUUUGCCUCCCACUUUAUUUCCCAUUCCUUAAGAUUUUGAGUUGGUGUACAAUUAAACAUUAGAACUUGAGUUUUAAGUAUAUUUACUUUGUAGCCAGAAAGUUUACCAAAUUUUCCUAACAUUUCUGUGAGCUGCAUAAAAGAGUUUGUGGGGUUUUUGAGGGCUAUCAACACGUCAUCAGCAAACAGACUAAUUACAUGCUCUUGUUUAUUGAUUUCUAUUCCUGUUAUUAGGGCGUCUUGUCUAAUCAUUUGUGCCAAUGGCUCAAUAUAUAAGGCAAAUAAAGUUGGACUUAAACAGCAACCCUGUCUAGUUCCUCUCUCUAGCUGGAACGUCUUUGUCAAUGAACCGUUAACUUUUAUUCUUGCAGUCAGUUUGUCAUAGAGAGAUUUGAUACAUUGGAUUGAUUUCGUAGUGAAUCCGAACUUUGCCAUGGUUAGGUACAGGAAGUCCCAGCUGACUCGAUCGAAGGCUUUUUCUGCGUCUAAACUUAUCAAUGCAGCCGGUAUCUUGUCUUUAUGUAUUUGGUUUAUGAUGUGUAGGGUCCUUCUAAUAUUGUCUUGUGCCUGUCUAUUUUUGACAAAACCUGCUUGGUCCUCAUCUAUCAGGUCUGGUAUAAACGACUGGAGCCUAUUUGAUAGGAUUGUGUGGUGUUAUCUGUUUAAGUAUAUCCGGUUUUAUGUUGAAAGUGUGUUGGGUACCGGAAGUGACAAAUAAAGGUCGAAGUUGUUUGCUCUACAAGGUGUCGUCUCUUUCCCUACUGAAAACCACGACAUGGUGUCAGGAGUGGGAUGGAUGUGAGUGCCUUAUCAUCGGGGAGUGACAGCAAGCGACUUUGGGAGUGGUAAAGAGUUUUCUCGAGACGAAAGAUGUCGGACGAAGAAGCGGGAGCUAGCGCAACAGUUACGCGGCCUCGCACGCCACCGCCCCACCAGCGAGCUAACGGCGGCUACAAUGCUAACGCUAACCUACCCCCGAAUGCCACUUUCACCAUCCAGCCCCCCGAGCUGUUCGAUUUCUCGAAGCCACAGCAUUGGGAAAAAUGGAUAAGGAGGUUUGAAAGAUUUCGACUCGCAAGCAACCUACACCUUAGCUCCGAGGCUAACCAGGUGAACACUCUCAUCUACUGCAUGGGGGAUGAAGCAGAUGAUAUCCUCCGAGGACAAGCGUUAUCUGACAUACAGAGACAGCAGUAUCAAGCAGUAAGAGACACUUUGGAGAUGUACUUUGUUCCCAGAAAAAACAUUAUCUACGAGAGAGCCCGCUUUAAUCAGAGAACACAGCAAGCUAAUGAAACUGUAGACUCGUUUGUCACUGCACUUUACGCUUUAGCGGAAAACUGCAGUUAUGGUGCGCUGCACGAUGAGUUAAUAAGAGAUCGCCU